UCAUUUGUGAAUUAAAGGGACGCAGUAUACAGUGUAGUUGUUCUGGUUAAACUGUAAUGAGCUGAGAGCAUAAGGAAUGGAGGGAACGCUGUAUAAGUGGACUAAUUAUCUAAGUGGAUGGCAGCCGCGCUGGUUCGUCCUGGACGGAGGAACUCUGUCCUACUACGACUCGCAGGAGGAGGCCUGGAAAGGAUGCAAGGGGAGCAUCAAGAUCUCGGUUUGCGAAAUAUCAGUGCACCCCUCGGAUAUGAAGCGGGUGGACCUCACUGUCCCAGGACAGCAGUACUUCUACCUGCGCGCCGUGAGCAUGGCCGAGAGGCAGAAAUGGCUGGUUGCCAUGGGAACUGCCAAGGCCUGCCUGACAGACAACAGGACCAAGAGAGAGAAAGAGAUCCAGGAGAGCGCAGAGGCCCUGAAAUGCAAGAUGUCAGAGCUGAGGCUGUACAGUGAGCUCCUCUGUCAGCAGGUCAGCAGGAUCAGAGAGAGCUCUCUGAGCCCGGAGCCUGCGGCUGCAGUGGAGCAGGAUGAGGACAUGGUCUCUGUGGUGAGGUCCACCUGCAGCACCUUCCUCAGGACGCUGGAGGAAUGUUUGCAGAUCGCGAGCCGAACCUUCAGUGCUGACCUGACACUCCGGACCCCCCCGGAGCCCCCCCCAAGGGACAGCAGCACACCCCCCGAGGUCAAAGCUGCCAAACAACCCAGUAGCUGCAGCCUUUCAGAAAAAGGAUCACAGCCUGAAAGACGCCAUCGGCCCGGGUCACCUGCUGAGGUCACACAGACGCUGGAGGGGCCCUGCCCCAAUGAGGGAGUUGCAGACACGCCUCCCGGGGAGAGAGCCGAGCAUCCUGGGGGAGGGGUGGAGCAGGAAGAAGAGGAGAAGGAAAUCUCUAGCACACAGGAAGUCAGCCUCACCCAAACUGAGGCACAACAGGAAGUCAGCCUCACCCAAACUGAGGCACAACAGGAAGUCAGCCUCACCCAAACUGAGGCACAACAGGAAGUCAGCCCUGCUCAGGUUGAGCAGCAGACAGAGCCCUCCCAGGAAGUUCUCCCUGUCGAGACUGAGGAGCAGCAGGAAGUAGAACCCUUUCAGUUUGAGGAACAGAGGGAAGUAAGCCUGUCCCAGGCCGAGGGGGAAACAGAGGUUGCUCCUCUCCAGACUGAGGAACAGGAAGACCAGACUGAAUUUGUCCCCAGGCAGACUGAGGAAGGCCUGGAACAGGAAGUCAUUCCUACCCUGACUGAGGAACAACAGGAAGAGAUCCCCAACCAGACUGAGCAGCAACAGGAAGUCCACUGCAUCCAAACCGAGGAACAAGAGGAAGAGAUCCACUCCCAUACUGAGAAACAACAGGAAGAGAUCCACUCCCAAACCGAGGAACAAGAGGAAAUGAUCCACUCCCAUACUGAGAAACAACAGGAUGUGAUCUACACCCAAACCGAGGAACAAGAGGAAGUGAUCCACUCCCAAACUGAGGAACAAGAGGAAGUGAUCCACUCCCAAACCGAGGAACAAGAGGAAGUGAUCCACUCCCAUGCUGAGAAACAACAGGAAGUGAUCUACACCCAAACCGAGGAACAAGAGGAAAUGAUCCACGCCCAAACCGAGGAACAACAGGAAGUGAUCCACUCCCAACCCGAGGAACAACAGGAAGUGAUCCACUCCCAACCCGAGGAACAACAGGAAGUGAUCCACUCCCAAACCGAGGAACAAGAGGAAGUGAUCCACUCCCAAACCGAGGAACAAGAGGAAGCGAUCCACUCCCAUACUGAGAAACAACAGGAAGUGAUCUACACCCAAACUGAGGAACAACAGGAAACGAUCCAAUCCCAAACCGAGGAACAACAGGAAGUGAUCCACUCCCAACCCGAGGAACAACAGGAAGUGAUCCAGUCCCGACCCGAGGAACAGGAAGUGAUCUACAUCCAAACUGAAGAAGAGCAAUAAGUUUGCCCCCCAGGCUGAGGUAGAGCAGUGGAUUCUUCAGUACCAGAGUACACAGACCCCUCCCAUAAAGGCCUGAGCUCCCCAGGCAGGGAUCACUCCUCUGUUUGGCUCCAGGUAAAGGUGCUGUCCCUAUGCACACACUGUGCCAGUGCCACCAUAUACCUCAUGGACAGAGUUACAGUGUCACAGACCCCACCCUCUGUGCAGCAGUUUCUCCUGUCAGGCUUCGUAGGACAGCAGUACCCUGUAGUACAUGUGGAGUCUGCAUGGUCACUGUGUUACAGUAAUUACUACUGCUUUACACCUGGACCCUGCUGAGACAGGAACUGCUCCUACCUGUACAGGAAGUUCAAUAAAAUGAUCUCUGAGUCUCUCCCUUUUUAUCUGUAAUUAAUGAGAAGAGUGUUUCCUUUUUUGUGCCUCAGAAUAAAAUCCU